UUCCAAUAGUUGUAUGCUAACAUGCAAAACACUUGUGCAGAUUGAUUAAAUUCAGUGAAAAAUCAAUUUUCAAAAAGUAUAGAGAAUGGUCCAAAUCAAUAUUGUUGAAGAUGAAAAGUCCAGUAAUAAGGAUCAGACUCAAGUUAAAGACUCAUAUAAUUUAGAAGACGCACUACGUGAAACGAAAAUUGGAAAAUGCAAUUACAUUUUAACCUCGUUGACAGCUAUAAGCGUACUAGGGUCUGUAGUUGAAAACACAAGCAUGAGCUAUAUUUUACCAUAUGCAAAAUGUGAUCUAAAGCUAACUACAGUAGAGCAAGGAUUUCUUAGCACUGUCUCUUAUUUGGGUAUUGUAUUCUCUUCCCAUCUUUUUGGCUUCCUCAGCGAUACCUGGGGACGACAAAAAGUGUUGCGCGUCGCAGGGACUGGUGGCUUUAUAUUUUCAUUUUUAUCAGCCUUUGCUCCCGACAAAUAUUCCAUGAUCGUUCUCCGAUUUUUUGCGGGCACUUUUGUGGCCGGAGCCUCAUCGGGUGGAUUCUCGUAUAUAAGUGAAUUUCACACAUCAGAUGCAGCACCAAGGGCUGCAGCUUUCGUGAGCAUUGCUUUAUCGGGUUUAAUUUGGGUUGUGAUGUCUCCAUUAGCGAUUGCCAUCAUGCCAAUGGACUGGCGAUUUUCUAUUUACACUUUGGAUUACAAGCCGUGGAGAUUAUUCUUGACAUGUUCAUCAUUUGUGAACCUUUUCAAUGCGUUCGUGUUCAUAUUUAUGCCUGAAACACCGAAAUUCUUAGUGGCAAUGGGUCGCAAUAAAGAAGCCCUAGAUGUAUUGAGUCGAAUGUAUGCCAUGAACACAGGCAAACCAAGAGAGAAAUAUCCAGUAAAAAGCAUCGAAAGUGUAACAUUGGGAAAUAGCUUAUCGGACGCCAAAGGAAUUUGUGGUUUUCUCACUUUAGUUGUAAGACAGACGGUACCGGUGUUCAAAAAACCAUUAUUCACAAAUACAUGGAAACUGUCGUAUAUCAUUUUCGUUAUGUUUGCCAUUGGACACGGAACAUAUGUGUGGAUCCCAGAUUUUUUAAUGCAAUUGCAACGUUACAAUGGUCUUCCCAAAACAUUAUGUGAAGUUGUCGGUCCGAAAAGAAUUGCUGCUUCAGUGGAAGAAAUGUGUGACAUUGAUAACAAGAAUAUUAUAACCUUUCAAUUCCUCUUUGUGAUUGGAUUUGCUUUUCUGGCAAUUUCAAUGCUGUCUAGCUUCUACUUGAAAAAAUUGGAGCCAAAGAAACUAGUUUGUGCUUGGCUGCUAAUGUCAAUGUUAGCUUGUGUCUCGUUGAAUUUCCUUACAAACUUUUACAUGAUUGUACUUAGUAUUGUGUUGUUCUUGAGCUGUAAUGUUUGUGCAAAUAUCGUGAUGGCAGUUGCUGUCCAAUUAUUUCCAACGAAUUACCGUGCCAUGGCCACUGCAUUUAUCAUGAUGUGCGGAAGAUUUGGCGGUGUGUCUGGAAGCAGUAUAAUUGGCCUAUUGCUAAAUAUUAACUGUACUUUAAUCUUCUAUUUAUUCGGUGGCCUUCUUAUUAGUUGCGCCUUAGUUUUUAUUAUUAUUAAAAUUAAGCCAUUGUAAAUUAUACGUACUGUUGAAAUUCAAUGACAUUUUUUUAUUUACAUUUUUUUUAUUGACAAUGAUAUCAUCAGAUCAAUUGGUAAUGAUGAAUCGAACCACCAUCUAUAAAAAUUAUGUACACUGUACACAUUCAGCCAAUUUGGCCGUAAAUAAAUAUUAUUAUAAUUAAAUA